ACAAAUCAGAUUGAGAGUUAUCAGAAAAGUCUCACAAUGGAUGCAUCAGACAAACAUCUUCAAGUGUACAAAAUUCGAGAGCCUCUUCAAAUGUGAGAAAGAUACAAUUUUUCGUUGGUUUGUUUCUUCUUCUUCUUCGUCGUCGUUGUUUAUUUAGAUCCAAGUUUCGAUUAUUCCACAAUCCAAUUUGUUCGUCUCUCUUUCUUCCAAAUCUUUGCUUCUUUAAAAGUCCCAAUCUUUCUGAGUUUCUAUUAAAAAAAAGUGUCUUUUUUUUGGUAAUCUGUUGUUCUCUUACAGACAUUUGUCGUAAACUUUGUCCGAUUGGAUUUUUUUCGUCCAAAAGACUCUUUUACAUUGGGAUUGUUAAGGAAACACAGAAACUGGAUUCUUCUGGAAGUAACAGCGAUUUCUGAUUAUAUAUAUAUAUCGAUAGGCGAUAGCUAAGAAAGGGAGGAGGUGUUAGAUGAGAGUAAUGGAGAUGGAGGAAGGGGUUAAAGAUAAUGCUGUAUCAACACCUAAAUCGAGAGUUACAAACCAAUCUAGAGCUCUUUUGUCGAUGCGGCUGCUUCAGAUUUUGUUAUUGUUUCUUGUGUUGACUCUUGGGAUCUCAGUUGUUAGUAUACACAUGAUUAAGUUCUUGAAAAUUCAACAUCUGGAUCCUGUGGCUCCAACCACUUUGAUCUCUAUGUAUGGUCAUGGAAUUGUUACUUUAGAUAGCUUUAUUAGGCCUCCUUCCAAUGUUUGGCACACAAUGAAUGACACUGAAUUGCUUUGGCGUGCUUCCAUGGAGCCACAGAGGAAUGGGUAUCCGUUUAAACGGGUUCCUAAAUUGGCCUUCAUGUUUCUCAGCAAAGGUCCUUUACCGUUUGCUCCUCUCUGGGAGAAGUUCUUUGAUGGAUAUGAGGGUCUUUAUUCAAUCUAUGUUCAUGCACUGCCUAAUUACAAAUCGGAUUUUUCGAGGUCAUCUGUGUUUUACAGAAGAUAUAUCCCAAGUCAGGCUGUGGCAUGGGGAGAGAUGAGCAUGGGUGAAGCUGAAAGGAGGCUUUUGGCUAACGCGUUGCUGGAUAUAUCUAAUGAAUGGUUCAUUCUGCUGUCUGAAUCAUGCAUUCCUCUGCGUGGUUUCGGCUUUAUCUAUAGUUAUGUCUCUGAAUCAAGAUAUAGUUUCAUGGGUGCUGCUGAUGAGGAAGGACCUGAUGGAAGAGGUAGAUAUCGGGCUGGAAUGGAACCUGUGGUCAAACUAAGCCAGUGGAGAAAAGGGUCUCAGUGGUUUGAAGUUAACAGGAAACUUGCUGUUGAGAUUGUUCAAGACACUACUUACUAUCCCGUAUUCAAAGAGUUUUGUAGACCUCCAUGUUAUGUUGAUGAACAUUACUUUCCCACGAUGUUGUCUAUGAAACACCGGGUUUUGUUGGCCAAUCGGACAUUGACAUGGACAGAUUGGUCACGUGGUGGUGCUCAUCCAGCUACUUUUGGCAAGGCUGAUAUAACAGAAAGUUUUCUCAAGAAGCUUCCAGGAGCCAAAUCCUGCCUCUACAAUGAUCAGCCGUCUCAAAUCUGUUAUCUCUUUGCCAGAAAGUUUGCUCCAAGCGCAUUGGAGCCCUUACUGCAACUUGCACCCACGAUUCUUGAGUUGGCUUCUAACAGAUCUUCCACUCGUCGCUCGUGGUUUUUGUUUUAAUAAGUGCUUGAGUAUGAUCAUGGACAGAACUGAUCCUAAAUUAAUCAACCAGGUAUUGCAAUGGUUAAACAUAUUUUUGACAUGACAGAUUGUUAAAUAAAAGGUAGUUUUAGUUGUUUUCAGUCCCUAGGGGGAAUCAGAUAUCUCUUGCUCUUGAUAGAAAGUAGGAUAAAAAUUGAGGAGAACAGUUUGUUUACCGUAAAGCUGCAUCAAAUGAUUCAUCAACGCCAUAAACUGGACGCGUUCCUGCUUAUGGUUUUUGAGAUAUUAAUGAAUGGUUUUAGUUUUUGUUGGUCAA